ACCGCCCUUGCCGCCUAUAACGCCUCACCAAUCGUCAAACACAUUGUGCAUCGAAUACGAAAAUGUGGUGAACCGACGGAAAAGUAUGAGAAUAACAAGGAUUUCGUAGCGUUUGUCAAUCUGUUUGCCGAUGAUACCCAGCCAUUACCGAUGAACUGGCAGGCCAGUGGAAGAAAUCCGACAAUUUUCAUUGAUCAUGCUGCUCGUCGAACUACACUGAUCGAUCCUCGCCUUCCUGCUCCAACUGUCGACCGAAAAAGAGGGCGGAGCGCUCCACCAGCACGGCGGCAAAACGUGAGUCUCUCAUCCAAUUAUUAA